AAAACGAACCAUAGCUCCCAUCCAGCUCUCGAAAUUACCCCCAUAUCCACUAAUCUUCCGCUGCUGGCAGUCUCUCCCGCUUGAUGCUCCUUCUUGAUAGGGCGUCAUGUUUCACGCAUCCUGAUCGUCUUCUCGACGCAUUCGAUGUCUCACGCUGGGGGGUGAUGCCCAAUUCUCUGCUCAGUGGAUUGCUCAAUCGAGCUUGUCAGGCUCAGAGUUCGCAGGACAUGGUGGUGAGAUUGUGUUUGUGGGAUUGAUUGAGCUGGUUGAAGAUGUUUGCGGUGGCGAAUUGUUGAUACUUGUAAGUCGGGGGAGUUUUUGAGGAGCGGAGGCAGUGUGGGAGGGGUUGGAGUGAGUCUGCAGGGAUGAGUACGCUUCACCCCUCUAUCACUGCCGCGUCGCUAUGGAGCUUCUGUGGGAGUUUGAGGAGUUCGAGGAGGUCGAAGUGGAGGACGAGCUCACUUGUCGAUGAGCUGGGUGUGAAAUUGAAAUGCGAGCUUAGGAGCGUAGUUUGCACCAGCCCUGAAGGUGUACGGAAUGCUCGCAGGCAUUCGUCGUGGAGUGAGAGCGGUAGGCGUAGGUUAAGGUCGCAGCGGGGGGAUUGGGUAUUAGAAGGAUUGCCUUUGUGGCAAAAUAAGGCUUUUGGAGUCGGCGUGCGUGGAUUAACAGCUCCUUUUAGGGUGGGAAAUCCAGUAAGAGUUGUUUGCUCCUCGAACGAUAUUGACAAAAAUUUGGUUCGGGGUUUGGAUGCUCGGACUUCUGGAGAGACCUCAUCGUCGUCUUUUUCUUCUUCUUCUUCGAGUUCUUCCGUUCUUGGAUGCUCCAAUCAUCGGUACAUAUCCAGAGAAUGCGAGCCUAUAGCAUAUGGUUCACGUGAGCUUGUGUGUUGUAAUGACAACGGUAGUUUGGAAGAUGGGCAGGCGAGACUUCUUCAUAAUAGUGAAGACUAUACGGACCAUUAUAAACGCAGAUUAUUCAUAGAAAUCAUUUCGCAGAUUGCUGGAAAUAUGGGAAAGGCAUUGGCGUUGGGGAUGGUAAUCACAGCAGUAGGGUUUGGGCCAAAAGUUCUCUCGGGGGUUGCCAUUGCAGCUCCCACUGUUGCUACCCGUAAUGAUGUAGAGGUGCCUGGCGUUGAACUGGACGAAGAGGAACAAGAGGAAAGUGAUGAUGAGUAUAGUGAAGCUGAAGUUAAGCAGUUUCAAAGGCAGGAAGAGUUGGAGAAGCUUGAGAGAGAGCGGCAAUUACGAGCUGCUCUUAAAAUUGACCCGAAGCUUGAGGAGCUUGAAGCCUUGGGAGAACAGGCUGAACUUGAACCUGCCAAGCGGGGGAUCUUCCUUCGAAAGCUUGAAGAGGCAGUGCGUGGGACAUACACUAGUGGCCGUCAGCUGCAAUGGGAGAAGAUUUUAGAGCUGGAUUCCACCAUCGACCAGCUCAAGAAAGAGCGAGGUAUCAUCGCUGAGGGGGCUGAGAACAUGGAAAAAGAGUAUUUGUCCGCGAAAGCACAAUUACAGAAGUUGGAUGAUGAAUUCGACGACGAGAGCUGGGAGCGUAGAGAGGCUCUAGAAUCAUCAGUUAAAAAUUCAGAGGCACGUUGCGGUGAGCUCUGGCAGAAGGUGUCAGAUUUGGAGAAGGAGAUGCUGGAGAAGCAAAUGUGGGUUGAGAAAGCGCUUUUGGAUGAUAUUCCUAGAAUUGAAGGUCACGCUAUAACCGAAUUGGCGAGCAUAUACGAGCGAUGGCUUCAAAGGCAGUCCGGCGUUAGUGUAGGUGUAGGUGAUGCCGAGAUUUCGAGAGUUGCUAAAGACUUGGAGCUGGCAGGUGAGGCACAUGGUAAGCAGGUAUUAUUACCCCUUGCCCUUGGUGUGGACCGAGAAAAUCAGAUGUCGAAAUUUGAAGUUGAUGCCGAGUCACAAGAGUUUAUUGGUAAAAUUAAGAAGGAACUGGAAAAAACAGUCGAGUUGAAUGCGAAGUACGAAAGUCUAGUCAGACAGCGGUUGGGCAAAGGUGAAGAUGAGGACAUUAGCCAUGUGAGAGUCCCUGUCGAUGUCUCAAGUAUGGAUGUUUCCUCUUCGGAGUUCGAUGAAGAUCUUUCUGAAUUCGGUGACGACAGUCGAGCAUUAGCAACCCAGUUGGAGUGGGCCAUGGGUUGGAGGGCCUGGCGGGAUGAGAGCAAGGAAAGCAUCAAGCAACAUUUGCUAGAUAAUCCGGAGGAAGGUCGAGAGUAUGUCAAGCAGACGCAGGCACAGAUCCUAAUUGCAAGAGACAGAGUAGUAGCAGAGACCUGGUUUAAUAAAAGGGAACAACGUUGGGAAAUUUCUCCGAUGGCGGUUUCUCAUGCCGUCACGAGGAAACUAGUUGCCAAAGCUCGUGUACGUCAUGACCGGGGGGUCAUGCAUGUGACGUUAAAAGGCGACGAUCAUGAGUAUUUUGUAGAUAUUCCAGCUAUUGAUGCUCAGCUUCAAGAAGCAGGGGGGUUUGAUUCCUUGUAUAUAAAGCUGACUCUUGACGGAAUUCCAGUAAGUACUGAGUUCAUGUGGAUACCGCUGAAAGAAUGGCCAGUGUGGGAUCUCUUUCAGUUGCCUUUCAAGGUUACGUGGUGGGUGCUCGAGGACAUAUGGAACUCACCUCUUUUGACCUCUAUUAGACCCUAUUACUUCAAGACACUGAGUGAAACGUUUGAGGAGUUAAUGGUUCGAUUUGGCUUUCCAGUAAUCCAAACAGUUCUGCCACAACGGGCACAAGUUGCUCUGGGGUUCGACUUGCCUGAAGGGGCUGAAGCAGCUGAGCCUACUGAUAUUAUGAUGUGGCAACAGGAAGCUCAAAAGAAAACCGAUGCGCGUUACGCUGAAGGUACCGGCUCUCCAGCAUGGUGGAUCUCACUCCCUCUUCGUACUUACGUCGUAGGUAUUCCUCUUUAUUUCUUUGUGACUAUUGUUGGCGGACUCCUACUGGCGCCGUUCACUCCCCGUAAGCUAUCCAUGAAUGAAGCUCAGUGGAAGGAAAAGAAACAAGAAGAACUUGAGAAGGAGAUCAACCGGGAAUCUAAGAAGGAUGAGAUAGAUCCUAUCAAGAGCGUAUUCGAUAACAUGAAGAGAGUAAAGCAUCCUCAGGUUAGACUAAAGGACUUUGCAGGUAUUGAUGCUGUUAAAGAAGAAAUCAAUGAAGUCAUCAGCUUUUUACGGAACCCUAGGAUUUUUCAGGAAAUGGGAGCUAGACCUCCUAGAGGAGUACUUAUCGUUGGUGGACCAGGAACAGGAAAAACUACAUUAGCUUUUGCGAUUGCAGCUGAAGCGAAGGUGCCUAUGGUGGAGCUUCAAGGUGCUGAGCUAGAAGGGGGAGCCUGGGUGGGGCAAGGAGCAUCCAACGUUCGUGAACUGUUCAAAACUGCACGGGAGGUAUCCCCGUUGAUUAUUUUCAUGGAUGAUUUUGAUCAUUUUGCAGGGGUCCGAGGAGCAACAUCCGACACUAGAAAACAAGAUCAUGAGUCUCUGAUCAACCAACUCCUCGUUGAACUUGAUGGCUUCGAAACCCAGGAGGGGGUUGUACUUAUAGCAACCACUAGUAGGCCCUAUGCUAUUGAUGAAGCUCUGCGAAGACCAGGUCGUAUGGAUCGAACCAUUCAGCUUCCAACGCCUAAUGUAACCGAACGAGAGCAGAUUCUGCGGAAAGUAGCUACUGACACUAUGGACCCAAAACACGUAGGUUUUGUAGAUUGGGCCGAGGUAGCAGAUAAAACAGCGGGUCUUACACCUGCCCAGCUGAAGUGUGUACCUCGAGCUUUGGAGGCAAACGCAGUGGGGUUGAAGACUGUCGAUGAUGAUGAAAUUAACAGCGUUGCUGGGUGGCUUGCCACCUUUAAUCAAAUUAUGCCUAUGUGGUUCAAGAAGUCAAAGCUGGUGAUGAAGUGGAAUGAAGAUCUUAUCGAUUGGCUGGGUCUUCGAUUGUCUAAGGAAGAUCUUGAGACUGCAGUCGAAACGAUGGAUGUAUUUAAUGAGACGCGACCCGGAAUCGAAUUAGAGAAUCCUCCUGUCAUUUGGUCACGAGAGUAUAAGUUCCCCCAUGCAGUCUGGGCUGCUGGCCGAGCUUUGACUGCAUUCCUUCUUCCUAGUUUCGAUCGUCUGGAUCAGGCAUGGCUUGACCCUACUUCUUGGGAAGGAAUAGCUUUCACCAAGUUAACCAAACAGUUGGAAGCAGGGUAUCAAGAAACAGGUACUAUGACGCGGUCUUACUACGAGAAAAGCUUGGUGUUGUGUUUCGGCUCAUAUGUCGCCGGACGUUUGCUUCUUCCCUUCGGUGAAAAUAACAAUUUAUCUAAAGGAGAGUUGGAGAAUGCUGAGGGAAUUGCAGCUGAGAUGGUGAUGCAAUUUGGAUGGGGUCCUGAGGAUAGCCCGCUUGUCUACGCCAAGGUUGAUUCCCGUACCUCAAUUGCCAUGGGUGACAAGCAUGAGGAAGAGGUUAAAUCUGCGAUACAGAAGUUAUACCUCAUCGCCACUGAGAGGUGUUACAACAUUCUUCACAGAAAUCAACGAACGCUUAGUGCUGUCGUAGAACAUUUACUUCAGUAUGAUUGUGUUACAACGAAGGACCUGGCUCGGAUAACAGAAGAAACUGGUGGAGUGUUUGAAGAGGAUCCUUUUGAGCUUGUACCAUACUCACGCAUGGCAAUGUUGUCUGGGUCGACAAACGGCACAACACGUGUUACAAAGACGUUACCAGCUGGGGCAUCAGCCAAUUGAUUAGAAGUUAUAGUUUAAGGCUUUGAUGGGCCAUCUCUACAGGCCAGUGAGGGCUACUGUACAACAACCAUUAGUGUUCAUGAUUUAGAUGCAGCGGUUUUGCAGGUGUAGGUUUAAUGAUAUAGCCCACUCAAGUUCAUUUAGCCGUGGUAGUGUGCAUGGUGAUUCUCGAUUAUAAUCCAUGCCAAUUUUCAGACUGAAGUUAGUUUAGAUGAAAAUCAUGUUUUGUUGACUCAUUAUUUCGCCCAGAUGUGAUAAUUCUUCCGGAAACUGUGGUUCCGACAGUUUCUCGGCAGACUAUUUCACUACGACACUGUGGACCUAGUUUUCUUUAUGGCAUCAGACAGAUGUCUCAACAGCAUCUGUAA